GCAUAGAUAAACUCAUAUCAGCCCUACUGUUGUCAUUUAAUAAGAACUGCGCGUGGAUUAGACAUUCAGUUCUUAACAUGGAACUGAACGAAGACUUAAACAAAAGCUACUUUAUUGUAGUAAAAAGAAACAAGAAAGGCUUAAGCAAAGGUUGUAUCGGCCGUGUGGAUGCAGAGACACCCGAUGGAUAUCUCACUGGAGUGGUUUAUAGAGGCAGUGGAAGUUUAAAGAGUAGUGCCAGGGUGAAGAAGUGGGACACACACCCGCUGUCACGCCAUCAGGCUCAGCUUCUUCUGUUCGUUUCUCCCGCCAACAGGAGACUCGACCUCCUGUGUCAUCUUCAGCUCUUCAAGGCGAUCUGUCAACUCGCUUACGAUGAUCUUGUCGUGGUUAAACAUAAGAGGGACUUUCAGCCGUGCCUGGUCAAAAAAUUGAUGCAAAUCGGAAAGAGCGAUAAGGCAGGAGACUUAAAUAUGCUGGGAUUUGAAGUGGAAUUAAUGGACACUGAGCAAGAUAUUUUGACCAAGAAGACUGUCUCUCUGCCCUUGUUUAGUGCUGCAGACAUUGUUCAAGUGGUUCCCUCACAUUUAAACAACAGGCAACCACUGAGACUCAACACUGCUGUGGAUUUGAACAGGAAAGCUGUGACUCACAUUAAUUCUAUGCCAGCUCUCACCAUGAAAAAAGAAAGUAUACUACGUGAGGAGGAUAUGUCCAACGCCAUUCAGACCUCAAUCCCACCCUCUGAAUUUUCUAUGGGGGUGGGAUCCAUGGUAGAGGUUAUAUCUGAUAGUAGCACAACCGUAUAUGGAGUGAUCAGGUGGAUUGGCGUUCCAGAAGGAAAGAAAGAUUGCUGGGCAGGACUUGAGCUGGACAAUGAGUUUAUAUCUGGUUCAGAUGGUAUGUUUGGUAGCAAGCGGUAUUUUACCUGUAAAGAAAACACAGCCCUGUUUGUGCCAUUGACCCAGUGCAAACCAGAUAGUAGAUUACAGUUCAGUUUGGCUUCAAAGGAGAUCCCAGAACCACCAGAGACUCCAUCAGUCCUGGAGGACUCUGACGAGGUUUCUCGUGUUCCUCCUGUUAGUGAACCAGAGGUUUUGUCACGUCUGGUAGGCAGAAUGAGGGGAAUCCAAGGUCACUUUAACUCCUGUUAUCUAGAUGCUACUCUCUUCAGCCUGUUUACAUCGUCCAUCACAUUUGACAGAGUUUUCAACAGCACAGCGGACAGCGAGGAAGGCAUUUCACACUGUUUAAGACGUGAUAUUGUAAACCCUUUACGCAGGUCUGGCUUUGUUCCAGCAGAGAGUGUGAUGAACUUCCGAAAACAGCUAGGCUGCAAAUCUUUUGCCACGGAGGAGAAAGAUCCAGAAGAGUUCAUUUCUAUUCUACUGAAGGAUGUUUUACACAUAGACCCAUUGCUCAAAUUCAGGUCAUGUGCAGGACUGUCACAAGAUGCCUUUACACAUCAGAUAAUUGUAGACAAGAGUCAGGCCGGAGUGGUACCUUCAGUUCAGCAGCUUCUCGAGAUCUCAUUGGUGUCAAGUGAUCUCAAAUUCGAAGAGAUCCCAUCUUGCCUUAUAGUUCAGAUGCCACGGUUUGGAAAGAAUUACAAGAUGUUCUCUAAAAUCGUUCCCUCAACAGAGCUAGACAUUACAGACUUAUUGCAUUGUUCUCCCCGGGAAUGUUUUCUGUGUGGCUGUUUAGCUGACUAUGAGUGUGCACAGUGUUUGACAGACCAUAAGCUUCAGCCAGGAAGAAUCAAGCAGUAUUGCUCCACCUGCAACACACAGGUUCAUAUUCAUCCCUCCCGACAUAAACACACUCCUCACAAACUUACAGUGCCUGAUAAUCUUCCAGCAGAUGCACCUGUCCAGAGGACCACAUUGGAGCUCUUUGCAGUUCUCUCUAUUAACACUAGUCAUUUUGUGUCUUUCGUGAAAUACGGCCCAGACCCACGGUCCUGGAUAUUCUUUGACAGCAUGGCUGACCGAUAUGGUGACGAUAACAAUGGGUACAACAUUCCAGUCAUUAGGGCUUGCCCUGAGGUCGCAGACUUCCUUUCCCAGUCGGAAGAGGAGCUUGCCACAACAGAUCUGAAUCAUUGUACUGAGCUGGUGCAAAGACUGCUGGAAGAUUCAUACAUGUGUCUGUAUCAGAGCACAGAUGUACUGCCAGAAUCAUCAACGAGCACAGAUGUUUCCAUAACAGCCGUAUAAUAUCUCUGGACUGCUGUGCCAUAACAUCACAUAUUAAGGACACUGAUAUUUUGUUGGGACACUGUGUUCUCUUCGUAUUAACAAACUGUACUUUUAUUUUGUAAAGGAAAAUAUUUUCACAAAACAAAAGUUCCAGUUAUGUGUUUUGUAAUUUUAUCAGGCAGAGAUAUACAGUGCUCUUCAUAAGUAUUGGGGAAGUAAAGACAAAAUUGCUCUGUUUGCUGUGGAGACAAGACAUGAAUAUGAGGCAAAGUACAGAAUAUUACAUUUUAUUAACAUCUGAUUAUGUUUCAACAAAUAAAACAUUCUUUACCAACAAAGAACAACAACCUUACAACCUAAGAUUCCUGACUAAGAUUCAGCAAGACUGCAGAAGCAAUGGAUUAAAUUAAUACUACACAUUCUUUGCUUUUCAUGUGUGACCAAUUAAUGCACCAGAACACAGUUCAUCACUUAACACUUGUCAGAAAGUUGUCUUAAUAUGGUCACAUUAGAAAGCAGUAUAAAAUUUGUGUAAAUUGUGUAUGUAAGGUGAAAAAUGCCUUUUUUUUGUUAGACAUUUUCUUGACUCCACAGCAAAAAGAGCAAUUUUGCCUAUAUUGUCCCAAUAUUAUGGAGGGCACUGUACAUUUAGUAACUAUUUUAAAUGUUUGCUAAGGGGGAAAUAUAGUUUUAACUGAAACAGUUAUAAAUGUAAUCUUGUGAGAUUAUUAAUCUGUGUUUAUAUUUGUACAGAAAAUAUUUACU